CCUCGCCGCCCCCAGGCCGCACUCCUUAGCGUUCCCUGCGGCUCGUGCCCGGCGCGGCCGCCGCAGUCCCGACGCCGUAGCCGGACGUGGGGUCCAGGGGGCGCUGUGGCCCAGCGGCGCCGGCAGCGGGAGCGGCCACCCGACGCUGGAGGCUUCGCUGAGGAUCCCCGCCUGCCGCACCUCGGUCGUCCCGCCGCAGCCUUGCGCCCCCGGCCUGGCUCGGCGGCGCUCCUCCGGGAUCCGCGUGGCUGCCGCGGCCCGGGCGCCGAUGCGGCUGGGCGGGUGCCGGGCCUUAGCAGCAGUAGCAGCCGCAGCUGCAGCUACCGCAGCUCCUACAGGAGUAGGAGGUUUCGCGGCGGCGCCUGGGGCCGCGCCGGUGCCCUCCGGAGGAGGCUUUCGGCUCAGGGACGACCCCCCUGGCCAUGCUGAAGCGGAGGCGGCCGCUGCUUGAGGAUCAAACAGAGCAUACUGAAUCAGCAGGACUGGCUGGUGGUGCAGCAAACAUCAUGAGUAAGCACCAAGAAGUCUGUUCCUUAUCAUGUGUGUAAGGGGAAAAAGGUUUAAACAAGUCUCUUAAGUGGUGUUUCCUCACCGAUGGAGAAUUACUUCCAAGCAGAAGCUUACAACCUGGACAAGGUGUUAGAUGAAUUUGAACAAAACGAAGAUGAAACAGUUUCUUCUACUUUAUUGGAUACAAAGUGGAAUAAGAUUCUAGAUCCCCCUUCUCACCGGCUGUCAUUUAACCCUGCUUUGGCCAGUGUGAAUGAAUCUGCAGUUUCUCAUGAGUCACAACCACAACUGAAAGUCUUCUCCCUGGCUCAUUCAGCUCCCCUGACCACAGAGGAAGGGGAUCAUUGUGCUAAUGGACAGGAUUGUAAUCUAAAUCCGGAGAUUGCCACAAUGUGGAUUGAUGAAAAUGCUGUUGCAGAAGAUCAGUUAAUUAAGAGAAACUAUAGUCGGGAUGAUCAAUGCAGCGCUGUUGAAGUGGGAGAGAGGAAAUGUGGAAACCUGGCUUGUCUGCCAGAUGAGAAGAAUGUUCUUGUUGUAGCCGUCAUGCGUAACUGUGAUAAAAGGACAUUACAAAACGAUUUACAGGAUUGUAAUAAUUAUAAUAGUCAAUCCCUUAUGGAUGCUUUUAGCUGUUCACUGGAUAAUGAAAACAGACAAACUGAUCAAUUUAGUUUUAGUAUAAAUGAGUCCACUGAAAAAGAUAUGAACUCAGAGAAACAAAUGGAUCCAUUGAAUAGACUGAAAAUAGAGGGGAGUUCUGUUAACCAUCUGUGUCCUACUUCAUCUGAUAGUCUAGCCAGUGUCUGUUCCCCUUCACAAUUAAAGGAUGAUGGAAGUAUAGGUAGAGACCCCUCCAUGUCUGCGAUUACAAGUUUAACGGCUGAUGCAGUAAUCUCAUCCCAGGGAACAGAUGGAGGUCCUGCUAUUAAAAAGCAAGAGAACUAUAUACCAGAUGAGGACCUCACUGGCAAAAUCAGCUCUCCUAGGACAGAUCUAGGGAGUCCAAAUUCCUUUUCCCACGUGAGUGGGGGGAUUUUGACGAAAAAAGAGCCAGCAGAGGAGAGCACAACUGAAGAAUCCCUCCAGUCUGGUUUACCUUUGCUUCUCAAACCAGACGUGCCUAAUGGGUCUGGAAGGAAUAAUGACUGUGAACAGUGUUCAGAUUGCCUUGUGCCUAGUGAAGUUAGGGCUGAUGAAAAUGAAGGUUAUGAACAUGAAGAAACUCUUGGCACUACAGAAUUCCUUAAUAUGACAGAGCAUUUCUCUGAAUCUCAGGACAUGACUAAUUGGAAGUUGACUAAACUAAAUGAGAUGAAUGAUAGCCAAGUAAACGAAGAAAAUGAAAAGUUUCUACAGAUUAGUCAGCCUGAGGACACUAAUGGUGAUAGUGGAGGACAGUGUGUUGGAUUGGCAGAUGCAGGUCUAGAUUUAAAAGGAACUUGCAUCAGUGAAAGUGAAGAAUGUGAUUUCUCCACUGUUAUAGACACACCAGCAGCAAAUUCUCUGUCUAAUGGUUGUGAUUCCUAUGGAAUGCAAGGCCCAGGUAUUUCUUUUGUUCCAAAGACUUUACCCUCCAAAGAAGAUUCAGUAACAGAAGAAAAAGAAAUAGAGGAAAGCAAGUCAGAAUGCUACUCAAAUAUUUAUGAACAGAGAGGAAAUGAGGCCACAGAAGGGAGCGGACUACUUUUAAACAGCACUGGUGACCUAAUAAAGAAAAAUUAUUUACGUAAUUUCUGUAGUCAAGUUCCAUCAGUGCUUGGGCAAUCUUCCCCCAAGGUAGUAGCAAGCCUGCCAUCUAUCAGUGUUCCUUUUGGUGGUGCGAGACCCAAGCAACCUUCUAAUCUUAAACUUCAAAUUCCAAAGCCAUUAUCAGACCAUUUACAAAAUGACUUUCCUGCAAACAGUGGAAAUAAUACUAAAAAUAAAAAUGAUAUUCUUGGGAAAGCAAAAUUAGGGGAAAACUCAGCAACCAAUGUAUGCAGUCCAUCUUUGGGAAACAUCUCUAAUGUUGAUACAAAUGGGGAACAUUUAGAAAGUUAUGAGGCUGAGAUUUCCAGUAGACCAUGCCUUGCAUUAGCUCCAGAUAGCCCAGAUAAUGAUCUCAGAGCUGGUCAGUUUGGAAUUUCUGCCAGAAAGCCAUUCACCACGCUGGGCGAGGUGGCUCCAGUAUGGGUACCGGAUUCUCAGGCUCCAAAUUGCAUGAAAUGUGAAGCCAGGUUUACAUUCACCAAAAGGAGGCAUCACUGCAGAGCAUGUGGGAAGGUUUUCUGUGCUUCCUGCUGUAGCCUGAAAUGUAAACUGUUAUACAUGGACAGAAAGGAAGCUAGAGUGUGCGUAAUCUGCCAUUCAGUGCUAAUGAAUGCUCAAGCCUGGGAGAACAUGAUGAGUGCCUCAAGCCAGAGCCCUAACCCUAACAAUCCUGCUGAAUACUGUUCUACUAUCCCUCCCUUGCAGCAAGCUCAGGCCUCAGGAGCUCUGAGCUCUCCACCUCCCACUGUGAUGGUACCUGUGGGAGUUUUAAAGCACCCUGGAGCAGAAGUGGCUCAGCCCAGAGAGCAGAGGCGAGUUUGGUUUGCUGAUGGGAUCUUGCCCAAUGGAGAAGUUGCUGAUGCAGCCAAAUUAACAAUGAAUGGAACUUCCUCUGCAGGAACCCUGGCUGUGUCACACGACCCAGUCAAGCCAGUAACUACCAGUCCUCUACCAGCAGAGGCAGAUAUUUGUCUAUUCUCUGGGAGUAUAACUCAGGUCGGAAGUCCUGUUGGAAGUGCAAUGAAUCUUAUUCCUGAAGAUGGCCUUCCUCCCAUUCUCAUCUCCACUGGUGUAAAAGGAGACUAUGCUGUGGAAGAGAAACCAUCACAGAUUUCAGUAAUGCAGCAGUUGGAGGAUGGUGGCCCUGACCCACUUGUAUUUGUUUUAAAUGCAAAUUUGUUGUCAAUGGUUAAAAUUGUAAAUUAUGUGAACAGGAAGUGCUGGUGUUUCACAACCAAGGGAAUGCAUGCAGUGGGUCAGUCUGAGAUAGUCAUUCUUCUACAGUGUUUACCGGAUGAGAAGUGUUUGCCAAAGGAUGUCUUUAAUCACUUUGUGCAGCUUUAUCGGGAUGCUCUGGCAGGGAAUGUGGUGAGCAACUUGGGACAUUCCUUCUUCAGUCAAAGUUUCCUUGGCAGUAAAGAACAUGGUGGAUUCUUAUAUGUGACAUCUACCUACCAGUCACUGCAAGACCUAGUACUCCCAACCCCACCUUACUUGUUUGGGAUUCUUAUCCAGAAAUGGGAAACUCCUUGGGCUAAAGUAUUUCCUAUCCGUCUGAUGUUGAGACUUGGAGCUGAAUAUCGACUUUAUCCAUGCCCACUAUUCAGUGUCAGAUUUCGGAAGCCAUUGUUUGGAGAGACGGGGCAUACCAUCAUGAAUCUUCUUGCAGACUUCAGAAAUUACCAGUAUACCUUGCCAGUAGUUCAAGGUUUGGUGGUUGAUAUGGAAGUACGGAAAACCAGCAUCAAAAUUCCCAGCAACAGAUACAAUGAGAUGAUGAAAGCCAUGAACAAGUCCAAUGAGCAUGUCCUGGCAGGAGGUGCCUGCUUCAAUGAAAAGGCAGACUCUCAUCUUGUGUGUGUGCAGAAUGAUGAUGGAAACUAUCAGACCCAGGCUAUCAGUAUUCACAAUCAGCCCAGAAAAGUGACUGGUGCCAGUUUCUUUGUGUUCAGUGGCGCUCUGAAAUCCUCUUCUGGAUACCUUGCCAAGUCCAGUAUUGUGGAAGAUGGUGUUAUGGUCCAGAUUACUGCAGAGAACAUGGAUUCCUUGAGGCAGGCACUGCGAGAGAUGAAGGACUUCACCAUCACCUGUGGGAAGGCGGACGCUGAGGAACCCCAGGAGCACAUCCACAUCCAGUGGGUGGAUGAUGACAAGAACGUUAGCAAGGGUGUCGUAAGUCCUAUAGAUGGGAAGUCUAUGGAGACUAUAACAAAUGUGAAGAUAUUCCAUGGAUCAGAAUAUAAAGCAAAUGGAAAAGUCAUCAGAUGGACAGAGGUGUUUUUCCUAGAAAACGAUGACCAGCACAAUUGCCUCAGUGAUCCUGCAGAUCACAGUAGAUUGACUGAGCAUGUUGCCAAAGCUUUUUGCCUUGCUCUCUGUCCUCACCUGAAGCUUCUGAAGGAAGAUGGAAUGACCAAACUGGGACUACGUGUGACACUUGACUCAGAUCAGGUUGGCUAUCAAGCAGGGAGCAAUGGCCAGCCCCUUCCCUCGCAGUACAUGAAUGAUCUGGACAGCGCCUUGGUGCCGGUGAUCCAUGGAGGGGCCUGCCAGCUUAGUGAGGGCCCUGUUGUCAUGGAACUCAUCUUUUAUAUUCUGGAAAACAUCGCAUAAACAGAGAAGACUUCAUUUUUUUCUGUUCAGACUUGUUGCAACAGCAGUCAUACCCAAAUCAUUUGCACUUUAAAACUGGAAGAUUAAGCUUUUGUUAACACUAUUAAUGGGGUGGGGAAUAGGGUGGGAGUGGGGGUUUGGGAGACGGGUGGGAAAGGGUGGUUUGGGGGACAGAUGUUCCAUAAUUCUAAGUCUUCUAUGCAUUGUCCACCAAGAAGAUCUGGGCAGCUUCUGUUCCUGCACAACAGUUAUGCUAUCCUCGCAGCUAAUCCCCUUCUGUUACUGUUUAGACAAGAAUUCCGCUCCUCUCUCAAGAUUUACUUAUGGUCAUGUGCUCAGAAGUGCUCAAAUGGGUACAACCAUCACCAAGGGUGGGAUGGGAGGGCAGAGGGGAAAUAAAAUAUGAAGCAUCAGUUCUUGCACUCUUUGUACAGAAUUGGUAUAAAAAGGAUAAUUCCACACUGAUCUUGUCCCAGUUACAUCACAGCUGUUUAUCAAGUAGAAGUCACACUUAGAUUUUUGUUUUUACCAGAUUAUUCACAGAAGUGAAUCGAAGACUCAAGGGCUUAAUCUACUCUUCUAGUUUCGGAAGGGCAACUCAGUGUAAAUGUCAUAUGGAGAGCAGAGCUGAGUUCAGGAUUGCUGGAGAUCCGCCUGUGUGGAUGGCAGGUAUUCAACUGAGUAUUUCUGUGAAUGCUGGUGGAAUACACCCAGGACAUUUUUAGUUAUAAAUACUGGAGGAAUUUAAAAAUACAUUUUAUUGAGAAAUAAUUUAAACUUCUAGGAAGUUGCAAGUACAAAAAAACCCAUGCACACUUUACCCAGAUUCCCUCUUGUUCACUUAUUAAGAUUUUGCCCCAUUUAAUUUGUCAGGGUUUCUCUCUCCCUUUCUCCCCGUCCAUAAAAAACUGAGGCAUUUGAGAGUAAAUUGUAUACAUCAUAGGCCUUUACUCCUAAAUGCUUAUUUCCUAAAAAUAAGGAUAUUCUCUUACACAACUGUAGGACAGUUCUCUACUUCAAACAUUGAUUUGAUACUUUAACCUGGCAUCUGCCCAAUGAUGUUCUUUUUAGCAUUUUUUCCCUCCAGUAAACCUUCCAGUAUAGAAUCAGACAUGGUUAUGGCUGUCAUGACUCAUCUUGAUCUUUUAUGUCACUGAUACAUAUAUUAUUUUGAGACGGAGUCUCGCUCUGUCACCCAGGCUGGAGUGCAGUGGUGCAAUCUCGGCUCACUGCAAUCUCUGCCUCCCAGGUUGAAGCGAUUCUCCUGCCUCAGCCUCCGGAGUAGCUGGGAUUACAGACGCCCGCCACCAUCCCUAGAUAAUUUUUUUGUAUUUUUAGUAGAGACAGGGUUUCACCGUGUUGGCCAGGCCUGACCUCAAGUGGUCCGCCAUCCUCUGCCUCCCAACUCCUGACCUCAAGUGAUCCGCCAUCCUCUGCCUCCCAAACUGCUAGGAUUACAGGAGUGAGCCACCGCACAGCCUCAUUGAUACUUUUGGUGAAUGUAGCCCCCCCACCCCCACCUUGUUUUUUUAAACAGAAAACAACUCAGUUUGAUAUUUCCUCAUAUUUAGAAUCAGUUUAUGUGUUUUUGCCCAUAAUGACUUGACAUCCAUCUGCCCCCUCAUUGACAGUGGUAAAUUUUGAUCACUUGGUCAAGGUGUUGUCCAACUUCUCUGUAUAUCCCCCUACCUGGAACUUAUAACCAGUAUAUGUAGACUUUCAGACCAUGCAAAUAUCUUACCUAUGAAAGUGUCCCAUCAAAUUGGCAUGCAUUGAUGUUUAUUACCUGCAUUCAUCUUUUACUGUGAUGUUUGCAAAAUGAUUUUCCAAUUCUAGUGCAUUCUCCAGCUUUACAGGUUGCACUUGGUAAUCUACUAUAAGCAGAAGCCCUUCCUUCUCAAUUUAUUGAUUUAAUUUUCAUUAUACACUCAUGGACUGUUUUCUGUUUUGUUUUGAAACAGUGUCUCACUCUGUCACCCAUGCUGGAGUGCAGUGGCACAUUCUUAGCUCACUGCAGCCUCAAACUUCUGGGCUCAAGCAAUCCACCCACCUUGGCCUCCCAAAGUGCUGGGAUUACAGGCAUGAGCCACCAAGCCUGGCCUUUUUCAGUGGUUCCAAUUCAUUAUUUUGGUGCACAAAUGGUCUCAGCUUUAGCUAGACACAAGAGACCCUUCAAGUUGGCUCCUACAUCCUGGUGACAUGCUUUUUUUUUUUUUUUUUUUUUUUUUUUUUUUUUUUUUUUUUGAGUACUUCUUUAUUUCUAUCCUAACAAGAUGCUUCAGGCUUAUCUUGUGCUUAUCCUGCCCUAGCCCUGGAAUCAGCCAUUUCUGCAAGGAGCCCUGGCUUCUUUUAAUGGUAGUGGUAUUAGAAACCAAAAUCCGGUUUAUCCAUGAUAUGUGUGAUGCACUCUGACCUUUUUCUGUUUCAUUAAAAAUUUAUUUUGAUCUUAGACCAAAUGGAUUCCACAAUGCACAUUUUGAAAAUACUGCUUUAGGGCAAUGUACUCCAUUGUCACUGGCAUCUUCUGAAAGCCAAAGCUAAACUAGUUUUUCUGCAGUAUUAGUACAGCUCCAAGAAUUCCCUGGAAACUAGUGCAGGCCCCUGGGACAGCGACAGGCUGCUCCCCAGUGGCUAGUGCUGGGUUUAGCACGAGGCAACAGCAGGCUGUGGAGCUGUGUUUGUGGUGGCAGCUGUUUUCCAGAGGCCUAAAGGCCUGGCCUGGGGAAUGUCUGGGUAGGUUCAUCCUGUUCUCUGAGGUGGGAGCUUAUAGUUGACAUCUGCCUCUCCAAAGGUUUUACCGAUGGUGGCUGCACAGAACUCUUACUGUGACUUUUCCCACAGGCUCAGAGGUACUCAGAGCUUCUAAGGGGGAAGCUUGGCCCACAGAGCAGCAGCUUGUCAGGAUCGAGCCCUGGGAACCACUGCCUCCAAACCUGACAAGAACAGGAAGCACUUGUUAACAGGGGCAGGUUAUUUUUGGUCUAAUAGCCAGCUUUGUCUGAACAUACCUCAAAAGUUUGGAACUUCUACAGGGACUGGUCCUGUUUUCCUGUGGUUUAUCUUCCUGCUUGCCAUUGUACUUAUUUAUUCUGGUUCAGUGCAAGCUUUUAAAUUCUCCCACUAAGGACAAACACUGGCCCUCAGAUCCUUUCUCAGCUGCAUCAAAUCUCCUCUGUGUUUAGUAAAAUCAUUUGUGGAAUUGGGCAUAAAAUAGCCAAUGCUAGUUAAUUGUUUUCCUUGUUUAUCCUUGCUUUUAUAUAAUUUAUAUUGUAAGAAUUAUAUAAAGCAAGGGGCUGAAUCACCACAUUUCAAAACAGGCAAAUUUUCUUAAAAUUUGUAAAAAUUUGAUUGUAAACUUAAAGAUUGAGAUAUAGCGAUCCUUCUAUACUGAAGAGGAAUAGAAUUGCCAUUCUGGUAAUUUAUUAAAUUUUUUAAAAUUAUUAAAUGCUUACCAAAUGCUAGGCAAUGUAUUUUUAUCACCAUCUUCUGAGGAACUACUGGACUCUAGGGCUACAGAUUUGAAACUAUUCCUCCGUAAAUUCCCACGUCUUGUCUUCCCCCAGCCACAGUGGUUCCUGAACACUGGUGGGCCCAAGAUUUUCAGUUAAAUUUACCUCUAGAUAACUGGUCACCUGGGAAAUAAUUUAUGCAUUUAACACAUUUCAAACAACAAUCAACCUGCUGAAUAUUGUUUCUGGAAUUAGCAAGUUUGUAAUGAUGUUUCUAUUUUUUUUUUUCUUGAGAUGGAGUUUUGCUCUUGUUGCCCAGGCUGGAGUGCAAUGGCACUAUCUCGGCUCACUGCAACCACCGCCUCCCGGGUUCAAGUGAUUCUCCUGCCUCAGCCUGCACAGUAUCUGGAAUUACAAUCAUGCACCACCACGUCCAGCUAAUUUUGUAUUUUUAGUAGAGACGGGGUUUCACAUUGGUCAAGUUGGUCUUGAACUCCUGACUUCAGGUGAUCCACCCACCUUGGCCUCCCAAAGUGCUGGGAUUACAGGCAUGAGCCACCGUGCCUGGCCGGUUUCUAUUUUUAUAAUGCAAAAAUAAUAAUAAUGGCAAUGGGAAUUCAGGGAUUGUAUGUAGUCAGAAGGGCUAAGGAGUAGGGAGAAAUGAUGCCAUUUUAGAGCCUGGGCAGCUGAGGCAGAGAAGAAACUAAUCCAUCUGUGGAGCUGACCCAGGUGCAAGCUCCCAGGAUCUGCCAGUCUCAGUCGCAUGGUUUCAUCCUGAAAGCAGCUGCCCUUAAGGGACAAAGUCUUUUAGGAGCUGCCCACAAAUACUUGGAAAACAAGGCUUCAAAAUUUGGAAGCAACAAUGCAAAUUUCAGAAUGGUGCUAUGAGAAAGGAAAAAUGUUAGAGUCACAGGAGUUUGCCCUUUAAUUGUAAGCAAGACUUCUUGAUUCUAAAAAAUUUCCGUUGUUUAUUCAGUUCGCUAAUUCAGAAGAAAGUGUGCAUUGCAUGAGAUCAAAGAAUUGAAAAUUUUUAAAUGAUGUGGGUUGUAGCUGGCUCCCAAAUGCAGGUGAGUCACUAAUCUCCAAUGUUUGGUUACUGUAUUUGUGUUUGUUUUGAGACAGAGUCUUGCUCUGUCACCCAGGCUGGAGUGCAGUUGUACAAUCGAGGCUCACUGCAACCUCUGCUUCCUGGGCUCAAGCGAUUCUUGUGUCUCAGCCUCCCUAGUAGCUGGGAUUACAGGCGCCAGCCACCAUGCCCAGCUAAUUGUUUUUGUUUUUAGUGGAGAUGGGGUUUUGCCAUGUUGGCCAGGCUGGUCUUGAAUUCCUGACCUCAGGUGAUCCACCUGCCUCAGCUUUCCCAAGUGGUGGGAUUACAGGCGUGAGCCACUGUGUCCCGCAUGUUUACUGUAUGUGGAUAAAUCUCAGGACAAGAUGAGGCUGGGACAGGCUCCUCCCACUACCAGUGACGCAUGCAUGCCUUUGGCUACAACAAAGGCCUUUUAAGAACUUCAGUCUCCAAGUCUGGUGGGAGGCUUUGUCUUGCCUCCUCAGCCUGGAGGUUCUGUUUUGAAAGAGCAAAGAAGCAGACUGAAAUUGAAUGGGUUGCAAAGGAGAAACCUUUAGAGCCAUAGAAAACUUUGUAUCUAUCGAAAUAGGCCAUUUCCAGCAGAGGCCUGAAUUUAGAAACUCCUAGAGCUGGCUGGAACUUUAGAGGAUAACCACAGUGGUCCCUAACCCUCUUAGGAAGCACUGGGUUGGAUACACACCCUAAGGGGAGUAGGUUGGGUCAGGAAGCCUUCCAGUCACCUUUCUUUGCUCUAUAGAUCAUCUUAUGAAGGCUAACCACUCUCCUUUUCAUUCUAGAUUAUUGCUGUGUUACAUACACGUGACUGCAAUUAAGUGUUAAAUCUCACAUCUGUGGAAGUUUUGGUAGCUCACUUCUGAUAAGAUUGGCCAGCCAAGUGCGGUGGCUCACGCCUGUAAUCCCAGCACUUUGGGAGGCUGAGGUGGGUGGAUCACGAGGUCAGGAGUUCGAGACCAGCCUGACCAACAUGGUGAAACACCAUUUCUACUAAAAAUACAAAAAUUAGCCGGGCAUGGUGGUGGGUGCCUGUAAUCACAGCUACUCAGGAGACUGACACAGGAGAAUCGCUUGAACCUGGGAGGUGGGGAUUGCAGCGAGCUGAGAUCGUGCCACUGCACUCCAGCCUGGCUGGCAGAGAGAGACUCCGUCUCAAAAAAAUAAAUAAAUAAAAAAUUGGCCAGAGGGCGCCCGGGGAAAAAAGAAGUCACUUGUGUGUAGUUUCCACUCUGUGACCCACUAAAAGCUCUGCGUUUAAGGGCAGGGAAGCAUGGUCCAGCCCUGUUAUCCCCCAGAAGGACACAUACAAAGCUCAGUUCUUGAGCUGUGCUUAUGUAAUACUAUAGUGAUCAGUAAGCUGAGUGUAUUUGCUUCACUUCUAACCUUUUUUAAAAGUGAUCUUGAGGAAUGCUUUGUUGAUCUUGAAUUAAUGAUUCAAAAAGGGGGUGGGGGAAGAUGGGGUAUUUCUAAGAAAUGUAGAAUAUUUCAGUUUUGAAUAUUAAAUCUAUUACAACUACAAACCCCUUCAUAGUCUCCAUCCAUUCAGAAAAACAAAGCCAAAGGAGAAU